AUGAGGGAGAUGGAGCCGAAGGACCAGCAGCUCACGGUGGCUCUUCGGAUCCGCCCGCUCAACGACACAGAACUGGAGGAAGGGGCUGCCGUCAUCGCCCACAAGGUGGGGGACCAGAUGGUGGUGCUCAUGGACCCCAGUGAGGACCCUGAGGACCCGCUGCGCACACACCGGUCCCGGGAGAAGACCUUCAUCUUCGACGUUGUGUUCGACCAGCACGCGUCCCAGGAGGACGUGUACCUGGCCACCACCCAGCAACUAGUGGAAGGCGUGGUUUCUGGAUACAAUGCAACGGUGUUCGCCUACGGCCCCUCAGGUGCUGGCAAGACCCACACGAUGCUAGGCAUGGACACGGAGCCCGGGAUCUAUCUGCAGAUGCUCAGUGACCUCUUCCAGGCCAUCGAGGAGACCCGGGACAACACAGACUGCAGCGUGUCCAUGUCUUAUCUCGAGAUUUAUAACGAAGUGAUCCGGGACCUCCUGAGCCCGUCCUCGGGGUUUCUGGACCUGCGGGAAGAUUCUAGGGGCAGUAUCCAGAUUGCAGGCAUCACAGAGGUCUCCACCUCCAACGCCCAGGAGAUCAUGCAGCUCCUCACCAAAGGCAACCGGCAGCGCACGCAGGAGCCCACGGCCACCAACAAGACGUCAUCCCGCUCGCACGCGGUGCUUCAGGUCACCGUGCGCCGGCGCGGUCGCGGCGCACACCUGGCGGAGGAAGUGCGCGUCGGCAGGCUCUUCAUGGUGGACCUGGCGGGCUCAGAGCGGGCGUCCCAGACCCAGAACCAAGGCAAGAGGAUGAAGGAGGGCGCCCACAUCAACCGCUCCCUGCUGGCACUGGGCAACUGCAUCAACGCACUCAGCGAAAAGGGUGGUAGCCGGGCGCAGUAUGUGAACUUCCGGGACAGCAAACUGACACGUCUGCUGAAGGAUGCCCUGGGAGGGAACAGCCGGACCGUGAUGAUCGCCCACAUCAGCCCGGCCAGCACACACUUCGAGGAGUCGCGGACCACCCUGCUGUAUGCCUACCGGGCCAAGAACAUCAAGACGAGGGUCAAGCGUAACCUGCUGAGCGUGUCCUACCACAUCGCGCAGUACACGGAUGUCAUCUCUGACCUGCGCGGGCAGAUCCAGCACCUCAAGGCCAAGGUGGAGAGACAGGAGAGGGAGCGGAGGGGCGAGCCUAGCGGCCGGGAUGCUCAAGAUCUGGAGUAGGAAAGGGCAACCCACUCCAGUGAGGACAACCGCCUGCAGAUGAACAGGAUCCGGGCGCAGCUCAUCGGGGCCUUCAAGGAGCAGCUGGAGAUGCGGCGCAGCCUGGUGGAGCUGGAGAACACCAACAUUGAGCUGCACGUGGACACGUCCCGCCACCUGCUGACCAUCGCCGACUGGGAGCGGGAGAAGACCCACCAUGUGACGCGCAGGGCCGGGACGCCCGAGAAGGACGAGGAGGUGCUGGAGGCCGGCCCAGAAGGGGACGAGGGCCAGCCCGCAGAGCCGCACGAGGUGGCCCUGGCCAGGGAGGAGGUCAACAUGCUCCUGGCCGAGCAGCGGAAAACAGCCGCCCUCAAGGCGGGCCUGGAGCAGCGUCUGGCCAACGCCAAGAAGAAGGCCGCGCAGAUGGAGGAGCUGCUGCCGGCGCAGGCCAUCAGCGAGGACCAGCGGGAGGCGCUGCGGCUGCUCUGCCGGGCGCACGAGCUGGAGGUGUUAAACACGGAGCUGCAGGCCCAGCGCCUGCGCGGGCGGAGCCUGCUCUGCCAGAAGGACUUCCUGAUCCAGCGCUGCCAGCGGCACCGGCUGCUGUGCGAGCGGGUCAUCCGGGAGCAGCGGCAGCUGAUCCAGGACAGCGGCCUGGUGGUGCCGGAGGCCCUGGAGCAGCGGUACCGUCUGUUCUCCCGGGAGCUGGGCGCGGGCACGCUGAACCGCCUGCUGCUGCUGCACGCCGUGAUGGCCAGCUCCCUGCGCGACGGCUCUGUUCUGAACAUCUCUCCCCCACCAGAGGAGCCCAGCCGAGACCAGCUGGACGACAGGGAGGACCUCCCGUGGGGCGCCCACUUUGAGCUGCCCCCCAUGCUGCUGGAUCCAGACAGUGACGGUUACAAGUCACCGAAAGCCACGCCGUCGAAAAAGCUGGGCAAGAAAGACUCCCUCCUCCCCCACUCCUCGCUCCACAUCCUGCUGAGCCCGGUGGCUCACGAGAAGCCGAGCUCCCAGAGCAUGAAGACACUGGUCUCCAAGCUGUGCUCCCCGGCCGGCCGGGAGCCAGGCACCCCCACCCCGAGGACGGCGGCGGAGGCCGGGCUGAGCGCCCAGGCCCUCAAGGAGAUGGCCGUAGGCACCAAGAGCAUUGCCCUCAUCGCGGCCACCCGGCGCUCCAGGGCGCAGGACCGCGAGGGCGGCAGUGGCCGCUCCUCCCUCCACCCUGCAGAGGAGGUGGCUCCAGACCCCAAGGACCCCAAGCCCAGCGUCACCCCGGAGACAACCCUGGCCAACAGGAAGUGGCCACAAGCCAGCCCGGGCAGGGCCCGCUCUGCAGAGAGGAAGGCCAGGGGGAGGCCGUCACCCCCCCUCACCAGGAGCGUCCAGCUGGCAACAGGAAAACUUCAGCCACCCUCCACGGAUCACAUAGCCGAGAGCCAGUCUCUCCCUGCACUCCCUCAGCUGUCAGAGUCUCCGGGAAAGAGCUUUCUCCCUGCUGUCCCUACAGCCUCUAAGAUGAAACCCAGCCUCAGUUUUCAUGCAGAUGAAAGCACACUGCCCGUGCCGGAGGUCAGCUUCACCUUUCCCAGCGCCACCUGGCAGAGCAGCCCAGGCCCGAGCAGGGCGCCCCUCCUGCCCCGGGACAUCCGAGGGUCUACGGACAGCGGAGGCCGACAUCAUAGCCCACUGCCUCCCAGCCACCCCUGCAAGCGCCAGGGCGGCAGCGCGAAGAGGCCAAGAAGACCAAAGUGAAGAUGGUGGCAGGCAGAGCAGGUGGGGAGAAUGUCUUGGGUACCGGGGUAUCUCUGCCCCGAAGCUGGACUUGAGAGACGGGGACUCUGCCAGGGACACUUCAGGGGGCAGCCCGCCCCAUGUAUGUUUCUGCAGCCCUAUGCAUAGGUCUGGUGGCUGCCUCACCAACCGUCUCACCAACCAUCUUCAGAAGAGGGCUGUCUAGGGAGCAUCAGAUCCCUUCCCAGAGAACUCAAGCCUUUUGGGGCCAUUCCCACUCAUGGGUGCUCUUCCCUGGAUCACCCCACUCUGUGGCUCCUGCUCUGGGAGCACCUUCUGUAGGGGCUGGGACACUAGGGUCACACCCCAGGUCAGUGACUUCUUACCUGAACAGUUCCUGGCGAGAGGCAGGAAAGAAUGUGUCUCCAACACCCAUGUACUAGCUGAGGUUCUCCAGAGAAAGAGAACCAGAAGGGGGUGUAUGUGUAUAUAUGUGACUGUGUAAAUGUGUCUGUAUGGGAGUCUAUACAAAACAGGGAGUCUACACAAAAGAGAGAGACUGAGAUUUACUGGAAGAAAUUGGCUCAUGUGGUUGUGGGAGCCUGCAAGUCUGCAGGGCUGGCUGGAGACCCAGGGGGGAUAGUCGAUGCUUCAGCCUGGAGUGUGAAGGGCAUCUGGAGCCGAGUUCCCUCUUCAGAGGUUCCCUCCUGGGACCUCAGUUUGUUUAAUCUGCCUUCAACUGAUUGGACAGGGCCCACCCACAUUAUGGAGGCUCAUCUGCUUUACUCAAAGUCUACUUACCAAUUUAAAAGUUAAUCUCAUCUAAAAAAUACCUCCCUUGCAAUACUGAGAUUGGCGUUUGACCAAACAUCCGGAUUCUGUGGGGCAGGCCGGUUUGAUACACAAUUAACCUUCUUGUCCCACAAGCCUUGGCCAGACUCCAGAGUGCCACUGGUCACUGCAAUCAUGGGCUCCCAGGGAAACACAAGAAUGCGCUCCCAUUUCCAUAACCCACCCAUCUCCCACUGCGUUCUCUGGUCCCUCUCAACAUCCCAACAAUGCAGAGAGGAAAACAUUGCUAACUCUUGAGAACAAGACAGAAUUGUCAGGGUGAAUGAAACCAGCCAUGUAAACUGGAAAUCCAAAAGCUGAGGUUCCAUUUGCAUUAGGAUUGCAUAAGCGUCAGUCAUUCUUCUCAUCAAGACAGAAAAAAAAAGAAGAAAACAGAAAAACGGAAGAGCAUCCCAUGUGAGCUGGAUCAUCAGCCCUCACUUCCAGGGUUUCCCUAUUGGGAGUCCUGGGGAUUGACCACGCCCCCUGGUGGCAGGAGUUGGUGUGGGUCAGGCACGUCAGGCCUGGAGGUGGAGGUGAUGUCGUGGUCUCCUGGCCCUAGUGGGAGGCGGGGCAUCUUUGCCCUUGUGUGUUCCUGGCAUGUGCUUGGCACCCCACAAGUGUUGUGCAAGUGGCACACAGCGUGCUGUGGCCUGGCCGCCUCCUCGUAAUGCCUGCCAUCAAGGAAGACAUGCUAGGGGCUUCCUCAAAGCCAUGUUUUCCUAUCUGGAGGAGUGUCGGAGUGUGUGGAGGUGGGGAAGUGGGUCCCCUUUAUCCUCAGGGGCUCUGCUGCCUGCUUCCUGCAGAUCUGCUGUGUGGGCACUGGAAACUGCCCACUUCCCUUGCCUGGGGGGAAGUGCUGGGGCCACAGUGGGGAGGGAUGCCGUCUGCUUUCCUGUCCUGGCCCCAGAUCCCGGGAAGGGCAAAAAUUGCUGACUGCCCCUUUCAUCUGCUCUCUUUCUUCCAUGAUAAUGGAAACCAACUUCUAACUGGCCACAGCUCCCAACAUACUCUGUUUCCCAGCCUCCUUUGCUGUGAUAUAUGGCUCCAUGACUAAGUUCUGACCAAUGGGAUAAAAGCAGAAGCUGCUUCCAGAACUCUUUAUCAUAAAGGAUAAUUGGUUUGUC